GAAGAUUUGACGGUUGAACGGAAUGAAAACAAGUUGAAGAAGUUGGGGUUGAAGAGGUCUUCCGAAUAGGAGGCACGAGUGCUUGAAAAUUUCGAUAGAAGUAAAUAGAUAGAUAGAUAGAUAGAUAGAGAGAGGAGCGAGCGAGGAUGUCUGUAUCGGUUGUUGUUUCUCCUCCGCACAUAAUCGGCGCCACGAGUGCGGCCCUGGCCCUGGGCUGCUCUCCACCACUCUAUUCUCCGCAUUCCCCUCGCAUUUCUGUCUUUUUAUACCCCCCUUCCACUCUCCCCGCGCCUUAUCCACCGCGUCCUUCUUCAAAAAAUAGAGUUACUUCCUCCUCCUCCAGCUCCUCUGCCGCCUUUGCUUUUCUCCAUCACACCCCCGCAACCGCAACCAUGACCAGAGGGCCACGUGGGUUUCUCAGCGCCUCCUCCUCCUCCUGCUGCUGCUGUAGCUUUAGAGCUCGCUCACCUGAUCACUUUGAGAGCGCUGAUGACGAUGAUGAAGAUGAAAGUCCUUCUGCUGAUACUGAUGAGGAGGAAGAAGAAUAUGCCGACGGGGAUUUUGGGUCGCCUGAUAGAUGGGACGUUUUGGGCCUGGGACAAGCCAUGGUCGACUUUUCUGGGACUGUUGAUGACGAGUUCCUGGAGAAAUUGGGAUUGGAAAAGGGAACAAGGAAGCUUGUGAAUCAUGAAGAGAGAGGUAGAGUUUUGAGAGCUAUGGAUGGUUGUAGCUAUAAGGCUGCUGCUGGUGGGUCUCUUUCCAACACUUUAGUGGCCUUGGCAAGGCUUGGUAGUGGCUCCAUUGCAGGCUCUACCUUGAAUGUAGCUAUGGCAGGGAGUGUCGGGAGUGAUCCAUUGGGUGAUUUUUACAGGACCAAGUUACGUCGUGCGAAUUUGCAUUUUCUUUCUGAACCUAUCAAGGAUGGGACAACAGGGACAGUGAUAGUUCUCACAACUUCAGAUGCCCAGCGUACAAUGCUUGCAUAUCAGGGUACAUCUUCAACUGUUAAUUAUGAUCCAUGCUUGGCUAGCACAGUUUGCAAUACAAAAAUAUUUGUAGUCGAGGGUUAUUUAUUUGAACUUCCUGAUACAAUCAAAACAAUUACAAAAGCAUGUGAAGUAGCACGCAAGAGCGGUGCCCUGGUUGCAGUUACAGCAUCAGAUGUCUCCUGCAUUGAGAGACACUAUGAUGAUUUCUGGGAAAUUGUUGGAAACUAUGCGGACAUUGUUUUUGCAAACAGUGACGAAGCAAGAGCAUUCUGCCAUUUUUCCUCAAAGGAGAGCCCCGUUUCAGCUACAAGGUAUCUGAGCCAUUUUGUUCCCCUGUCAUCAGUUACUGAUGGACCAAGAGGGUCUUACAUUGGUGUAAAAGGAGAAGCUGUAUAUAUUCCUCCUUCUCCAUGUGUACCAGCGGACACUUGUGGUGCUGGAGAUGCAUAUGCGUCGGGAAUUUUGUAUGGUAUUCUACGAGGAGUGUCAGAUUUGAAAGGAAUAGGUACUCUAGCGGCAAGGGUUGCAGCCACAGUGGUGGGGCAGCAGGGCACACGACUUAGGGUUCAAGAUGCAGUAGAGUUGGCAGAAUCAUUUGCAUGCCAUGUUGAUAGUUCCCGCAUUAGAUCAGACAUUGGAUCAGAUCAUUUAUCCAGCUUCUAAUUUAAUUAGGACCCUUUGUUGAUUUCGCAAAAUUCUUUUGUGAGAUGUAUUCGUUCAUAUUUGUACAUUUUAUUGUAUAACAUUAUGGUGCAAUGCAAAGCUCUCUUGGAAGCAAAACUUUUAAUUUAUA